CAAAGGGUUAUCGUGCGGUACAACCAAACUCAUCUACAAAAUUAUAUCUCCCAAAGGUCAAUAGAUCAAGUGGUGCUGUUAUAGACAUGUGGAUCAAGGCAAAAGAGCUUGAGGCAAAUUCGGACUAUUACAUUGAUCUGUUGGUAAAAGGGACAGGGAAAUCAAAGGAAGAAAUUACUAAAGAUGUUCAGAGGCCUAAGUAUCUUCAAGCACAGCAAGCUAUAGACUACGGACUUGCUGACAAAAUGAUUCAGUCAAGUUCAACGGAUUCUGCAUUUGAGAAGCGGAACUAUGAGGAAAUUCUUGCUCAAUCAAGUAUGAGGAAUCAAGGUGGUGUCGAUCCUCAAGCGUCUCCUUCGGGAUUCAGGUAAUCACACAGCGAAAGGCCACUUAAUCGCUCCGAAUCCAAUGCCCGUCAAUGCUAUAUAUAUGGGUUUAAGUUGACGACUGGUGUAAAGGUCCAGCAGCUAUCUCAUCAAAAGGCCAAAUUGGAAACUUUCAACGGAGAGAUAUUAUAUGAAAAUUGUAUCUUGGCUGUUGGGUGACUUUUUCAAUACUUAAAUUACAUAUGCUUAGUUUGAAUAACUUAA